AUGAACAGUGGGGGCGCCGAGGGAGAGGAUCAGCCUGCAGUUGAUAAUGCAAAGGCUCCGCAGGUGCUUGGGUUACUGCCCUUGCCUGACGAAGCAAAGAAUGACCCAACUUUCCACCGCAUACACAUAAGCACCAUCAAGCCAGAGAAUGCUAUGGAACUAUUGUGUGCGGCCGUGGACACCCUCGAAGCCAUAUCAACGACACGCACACUAGCCAACAAUGAACUUGGUACAAGGAACGAAUUAUCAAGCGGCGAGAACACACCGACGCGGGUGGACGAGUUGCAUUUCCACCCUCACGGCCACGAUAUCAUGCAACAGUCUCUUCUCUGCAAGCGAUUUAUCUCCAAGCGAGAGCCACCAAUAACGCUCAAGGAGUACCUCACGCGAUUCCAUCGUUACUGUCCUUUAUCUACAGGAGUGUACAUCGCGACCAGCCUGUACAUCACCCGACUAGCCAUUGUUGACCCGGUCAUAUCAGUGAACCGGAAGAAUAUGCAUCGCCUGGUGCUGGCUGGGCUGCGCGUCGCGAUGAAGACUGUUGAGGAUCUUGUCUAUUCGCAUGAUCGAGUUGCUAGGGUCGGGGGGGUCACAAGUACGGAACUCACGCGACUGGAGAUCAGCUUCUGUUUUCUAACGGAUUUCGACCUACGUGUCGACGAACAAACACUGGAUAAUCAGGCCGGAACCCUGCAAUGGUACAUGGAACACCCUAUCUGA